UUUGGUGAAUGAUAGCAUAACUAUAGCAUAUAGUCACACACAAAUAUUGUAAUGGAACGUCUUGUAAAAUCUGAAAAGCACAUGUCAGAUUCAUUUCAGUCUUUCAAAACAUGAGAUUGAGAGAAUUUAUGUGUGAUUUCAAAAUCGUAGUCGGUGAUUGUUCAUUUCCAGUGCAUCGUCUCAUUUUAGCCGGCUGUUCUCGCUAUUUUGAAGUAAUGUUUUUGCGCAAUAUGACUGGGAGCGAUAAGGAUUAUGUGGAAUUGAAGGAACUGGAUAAGAGUGCAGUAAAAAUAUGUUUGGAUUUUAUAUACACUGCUGAAUCCAUAAUAAGAAUGUCUGAAAUUGAAGAAAUUUUACGUGCAUCAUACGUUAUGCAGUUGGAAGAAUUCACAAAACUUUGCUUCGAAUAUUUGGAACAUAAUCUUUCACAUGAGAGUUGUAUUUUGACGGAUAACCUUGGCAGAGAUUAUAAGAAUCAAAACAUAGUGACUCUGGCAAUCCAACAUAUUAAAGAGAAUUUCGAGUCGGUCAUUCCAACCAAGAUGUUCCCGCAAAUCUCCAUGGAAAGACUCUUAUCUUAUACAUCAGCAGAAAAUCAAGAUUGUCGAGUAAUUUGGAAGGCCAUAACCACUUGGGUCAAAAGCAAUUUAAGUGACAGAGAAGGACAACUUUCCACGUUGAUGGAAAAUAUAAAAGUCGUUGAAUUUCCUUUCGAUUUCCUAUUUGAAAUUAUAUGGAUGGAACCGCUUGUAAACGAGUCGUCAGGAUGGGCAAAGCAAUUAGCAAUCGAAGGAUUGUUUUCAGAUUUAGAUACCCUGAGAGAUCACCUCACGUUGCAAAAUUGCUUUGCAUUGAAGCAUUUGGCUGAACAGUAUCAAGUCAUUAACACAGAUGGCGUACUUUGUGCAGUUAAAGAUUUUUUUGCAAAACAUCUCGACGAAAUCAUGAAUAAAGAAGAAUUCUCCAACUUAACCCAAGCGUUUCUUUCAGCAAUUUUGCAAUCUUCAGAAUUGAAUUGCUUUCCAGAAACAAUAAAAUGGGAAGCUACAAUCCGGUGGGUGAAAUCUGAAGUGAAUCGAAAAGCAAUUUUAGCUGAGCUCAUGAAUCUCAUAUCAUUCAAGAAAAUACCGCUUGCGUAUAUUAGGCAAAACAUUCGCCAGGAGCCUCUAGUUAAAGAAUCCAUCACAUGUAGAGAAAUAGUAAUUGACGCUAUGGAUUUGCAUAUGGAUGAAGGACAAGUACAACCUAUUCAAAUGCGAAAUAUUUGCGUUGCUUGUUUGGAUCAAAAAACUGGUAUUAUCAGAUCGUAUGAUAUUAAUGAAAAUACCGUCAAAAUAUUGGCUGAAGUGGAAAUGAGUGGAACAAAGAAAAUAGUUUCAAUCAAUGCAGAUCUCUACUUGUUGAAUGGCGUAAACUUAUAUAGACUUCAGCAGAACAAGACAUGGGAAAAAAAGGCUUCAAUGCAAUUUAAGCGGGAUUGGUUAACAAAGUUUGUCCCCCUCUAUGAGGUGAAUCUUUGUGUCCAACUAACAAGCAUCAGGAAACGAAUAUAUGUCAUUAAACAAACCACCAUGUCCCGCUACGAUCCAGAAUCUAAUAGUUGGAAAGAAAAUUUGCCUGGAUGUAAUUUGGGUGAAGGAUUUUGUGUUACAAGUUCAGAGCAAUGUAUAUAUGCAAUUGGUGGCAGAGAUAACGAGGCAAAAUCUGUAAGAUAUGACACAGUUAUUGGUAACUGGUCGGAUAUUGCUCCAAUGCAACAAGGCCGAUGCUGGGCGUCGGCUUCGGUGGUUGGAGAUGAUGUUUUCGUAGUCGGAGGGAAAAGUGCUUUCUAUUUUGGUGAAGCAUUAUCUACAGCGGAACGUUACAACCCUGCCACGAACUUAUGGACAACUGUGGCUGCUAUGACAUUCAGUCGGCACCGUUUUGGCUCUUGUGUUGUCAACAAUAAGCUGUAUGUAAUUGGUGGGGCGAGAGACCAAAAUCUUGAACUCGAUUCAAUCGAAGAGUAUAAUCCAAAAAUAACGGUUGGAAGAAAGUACUAGAAAUUGAAAAAUCUGUAGGAGAUAUUUACGCCUGUCUUUAUUAUCCUGACAACUAAUUCAACUUUGUAAUUUGUCUUGUUCUGAUAGCCCGAUAUUGUACAAAACGCCAUUUCAGUUUCAACUCCGUAACAAUAGCACGCGUUUGAUAAAUAAAGUAAAAUAGUAAAUAUAUAUAUUUCGUGUAAAUAGAAUCCUACUAGAUACUG